AGAAUGGUAAGCGGAAGACACCAAAUCCUACACAAGCAACCGAACCCGAUCGUCCGAUCUCCAGAUUUUUACAAGAAACCACAGUUGGUUCGUAUUGGGUGUGCGAUUGCACACUUGUAAAUCACAAAUAGUCCCUUCUCUCUCUCCCGAAAAUCUCAUUCUCAGCUAAAUUUCCAAACUUUGCACGCCACUCGUUUUAUACCUCUGAACCUUUUCUCUAACACCUUUCUCUCUCUCCCUCCCUCCCUCUCUCUCUCCCCCCGUCCUUGCUUCAUCUUUUUUUUUUUUUUUUUUUCCAUCCAUGGGUUGAACUUAUUUUCUUCUGCUUCUUCGAGCCACAUGGAGUGGGACAGCAAUUCGGAUCUAAGCGGCGACGAGGACGAGACCUUCAUGCUCAACGAUGGUGGCCCACUCCCCUUCCCGGUGGAAAACUUGCUCCAAACGACUCCCUGUGGGUUCGUCGUCACUGAUGCGCUAGAGCCUGACCACCCUAUUAUUUAUGUCAAUACCGUGUUCGAGAUGGUUACUGGGUAUCGAGCAGAGGAAGUGCUUGGUCGUAACUGUCGAUUCUUGCAGUGUCGGGGGCCAUUUGCUAAAAGAAGGCAUCCAUUAGUGGACUCUGCUGUAGUUUCAGAAAUUAGGAGAUGUCUUGAGGAGGGGAUUGAGUUCCAAGGUGAGUUACUGAACUUUAGGAAAGAUGGAUCUCCACUGAUGAACAGAUUGCGGCUGACACCUAUAUAUGGAGAUGAUGAGACUAUAACACAUGUCAUUGGAAUCCAGUUCUUCACAGAGGCAAAUAUUGAUCUUGGUCCUGUUCUGGGUCCUGCAAUGAAGGACUCUGCCAAAUCAUCUGAUCAAUUUCGUACUGCUCUUUCAACAUUGAGUCCUCUUCCAGUUGGGGACCGUAAUGUAUCUCGUGGAGUCUGUGGGAUUCUGCAAUUGAGUGAUGAGGUACUGUCUCUCAAGAUACUUGCCCGCCUAACUCCAAGAGAUAUUGCUUCUGUUGGCUCUGUCUGCAUGCGAUUAUAUGAAGUGACAAAAAAUGAAAACCUUUGGAGAAUGGUGUGCCAAAAUGCAUGGGGCAGUGAAACUACACGUGUUUUAGAGACUGUACCUGGUGCAAAGAGACUUGGGUGGGUUCGACUAGCAAGGGAGUUGACCACUCUUGAAGCCGCAGCAUGGAGGAAGCUGACUGUUGGAGGUGCUGUUGAACCCUCACGCUGUAAUUUUAGUGCUUGUGCUGUUGGAAAUAGAGUUGUCUUAUUUGGUGGUGAAGGGGUUAACAUGCAGCCUAUGAAUGACACCUUUGUGCUAGAUCUGAACUCAAAAAAUCCAGAGUGGCAGCACGUCCAGGUGAGCUCUCCUCCUCCUGGUCGUUGGGGCCACACAAUUUCCUGCGUGAAUGGUUCUAAUUUGGUUGUAUUUGGAGGCUGUGGAAGGCAGGGCUUGCUCAAUGACGUGUUUGUGCUGGACCUGGAUGCAAAGCCUCCCACUUGGCGUGAAAUAUCUGGAUUGGCACCUCCGCUUCCAAGAUCAUGGCACAGCUCCUGUACUCUUGAUGGUACUAAGUUGAUAGUUUCUGGUGGCUGUGCAGAUUCGGGAGUACUUUUGAGUGACACAUUCCUCCUUGAUCUGUCUAUGGAGAAACCCGUCUGGAGGGAGAUACCUGUGGCAUGGACUCCACCUUCUCGUCUGGGGCACACACUAUCUGUUUAUGGUGGUAGGAAAAUACUAAUGUUUGGAGGUCUUGCUAAGAGUGGGCCCUUGCGGUUUCGUUCCAGUGAUGUAUUCACCAUGGACCUAAGUGAGGAGGAACCAUGUUGGAGAUGUGUAACUGGGAGUGGAAUGCCCGGUGCUGGGAAUCCUGGGGGCAUCGCUCCCCCUCCUAGACUUGAUCAUGUAGCAGUUAGUCUUCCUGGUGGGAGAAUCCUGAUAUUUGGCGGAUCGGUUGCGGGUCUUCACUCUGCCUCCCAGCUUUACAUCCUGGACCCAACCGAAGAGAAACCUACAUGGAGAAUCCUAAAUGUACCGGGGCGCCCUCCUAGAUUUGCUUGGGGACACAGCACAUGUAUUGUUGGAGGAACGAGAGCUAUUGUACUGGGUGGUCAAACGGGGGAGGAAUGGAUGCUAAGCGAGCUUCAUGAGCUUUCUCUGGCAAGUUCUGUAAAUUAGGGAUUCAGUGAAUGAACAAAUUGCUAGCUGUAAUGAAGGGAAUACCAAGAGGGUCUAUUCCAAAGGUGUAAAAUCACUGAGCAUCGGUUGGCGGCUAAAGGUUGGUUUGGUCACUGAUGACUUGACAAGCAAUGCUCUGGUCAGAACUUUUGUAUUAAGUUGUGUGCUCGAUGCAUUUUUCAUGUAAGGUUGAACCGGUUCUGGCAAGAGAACUUUUGAACGAGUGACAUGAGACCGUGUUUGCUUUUUGAGGUUGCGUGAGACUUUGCCCUUCAGUACGCAGUUCGCACAAUGAAUUAUUCUUCCUGAAUAGAUUAUUAGUAUCUGAUAACAAUUAGGUAGAGCAUAUUAGGCUAGUUUCUGACUUGAUUUAACGUGUCUUGUUCCUGUUUAAAUCCUGUAAUGUGAACCGGGAAAACAAAAGGAGAAAAAAAAAAAUUGCAUGUUCAUAGUGACGUAAUUAUUAUUGUAUGCAACAAAGUUUCCACUUUGUGUCAGCUGCGAAUUGGGUGGUGGAUGGCUCAGAUUUGGACUGCUCGGGAGAUUUGUUGCAGGUUAACCUCAAGUUAUGGUUUCAACAUGUGUAUAAAUAAUCUGGAGCUCUAAUUUCUCUGCGUUUUUUUUUCUUUUUAUUAUUUUCGUCCUCAAAUUGUCAAACCAUUUGGACUUUCAUUGGAGUGGAUUGAAUUGAUUUUCUGUCCUUCUA